AUGGAACGAAUUCAUCAUCUUAACCCCUUUGCGAAACGCGAUUCGCAUAGCAAGAACACGGUGAUUACCUACAAGGUCUUGACGACUAUCACCUGGUUGCUAUCGAUCGUUGUCUCAGUAUACUAUACCUUCCAUAAACCUCAUGAUGGAGUUUGGUUUCGCCGAAAGAUUUGGGGCCAGAACGAUGCCUAUCUCACCGCGUUCCGGUUGAACCAUAUCAUCGCCAGUAUCUACUGGAUCGUUCUUUUCGUUCUCCAAGGUGGAUACAUCGCCCAUCUAUUCUCCGGAAAUGUGGAACGUGUGAACUCGGCGUGCUCGGUGGGAAGCCACUUUAUCAUCAACAACUUGUUCCACUUUGCCUUCGUUAUGCUUUUUGUGCGUUCGUACUUCGGUUGGGCUGAGUUAUUCAUUAUCCUCAACUUCAUCAACCUAUCUUCGCUAUACUUCCGCCAUCCCGGGUAUGCUCGAUUCAUCCACGAACCCGUCGUAAGCGGACCGCUGGCAUGGACUUUCGUCGCGAUUUACUGGAACGGAGCCAUCAUGGUACCUCAUCCAGACUCAUUGGUUGCCCGUAUCUUUGGUAACAUUUUUAUCUGGUCGAUUUUGGUGUACGGGCUGUUCUUUAUCAUUGUCUAUAAGGACUACACGAUGGGUUUCAACCUCAGCGUCCUUUCCGCAGCUAUCGGAGUCUCCCAGUUCUUCCGACAAGUUAUCGCGUUUCAAUGGAUAUUUGCUUUCAUAAUCAUGGCCAUUCUUCUCGUUGCCACUAUCGUCGUUGCUGUACCUGUUGCGACUGGAAGGGAUACCAAGAUCGCUAGAGUGCAAGGCGAUACCGAACGAGCUCCACUCCUUGGCGAGAACUAA